AGUUCUGAUACCAUCUACUAGAUAAGAGACCACAACCAGAUAAGAGUCAUAGAGAUUGAGCCUAAUAAUCACUACAAAUAUUCACAAACAAACGAUUAAAAGAAACCCAGUUAAGUUAAACAUUUCCAGGACCAGAAGUGAAGAAGCAUGAGCACAAUUACGUGGUUUUUCAUAGUUUAUUUCUUGGCUUUUGCCAACGCAGUUGCAUCACAGUCGUCGAUCAUCAAUAGGCUUCCUGGCUUUUCGGGUGAUCUUCCUUUCAAACUUGAAACUGGGUACGUUGGGGUAGGCAAAUCUGAUGAGGUGCAACUAUUCUACUAUUUCAUUGAGUCUGAGAGAAGUCCAGAAGAUGACCCUCUUGUGCUUUGGCUCACUGGAGGUCCUGGUUGUUCCGCAUUUUCUGGCCUUGUAUAUGAAAUGGGUCCAUUAUCAUUUGACUAUGAAAGGUCCAAAAGCAACUCACCAAAAUUGAAGUUGAACCCAUACUCCUGGACAAAGGUUGCUAAUAUAAUAUUUGUGGAUGAACCGGUUGGCACUGGAUUCUCUUAUGCAAAAAGUUCGGAAGGAUACAAUAUCAGUGAUACAUUGGCCGCAGCAGAACUCUAUGAAUUUCUACUGAAGUGGCUUAAGCUUCACCCCAAGUUCCUCACAAAUUCAUUGUACAUCAUGGGAGAUUCUUACUCGGGCAUAAUCAUCCCAAUCCUUGUUCAAAAAAUAUCAGAUGGUAAUGAAGUUGGCCAGGAGCCGCGAAUGAAUCUUAAGGGAUAUGCGAUUGGAAACCCAGUGACAAAUACACAUGAUGACUUGAAUGCAAGAAUUCCAUUUGCUCACCUAAAGACGCUUAUAUCAGAAGAACUAUAUGAGUCAGCUAAAAACAACUGCAAGGGCGAGUAUAGGAAUGUAGAUCCUAGCAAUGCAGCAUGUGUGGACGAUCUUAAUAUCUUCACUGAGUGUACUGUGAAAAUAUAUACUGCACAAAUAUUGGAGCCUGACUGUCAGAAAUUAUCCCCAAAACCUAGACCAAGUGUGUCAAAUUGGGAUCCAGAUACUCUUAUGGAAGAUCCUGUAGACCUUCUCCAAUCUAUUACUCAUCUUCCGGAACCAAGAAGAUGGUGUCGGAAUUAUAACUAUCUGUACUCCUACAUUUGGGCAAAUGAUAAAAUUGUUCAACAGGCUCUUCACAUUCGGGAGGGAAGCAUCAGUGAGUGGGUGAGAUGCAAUGAGAGCUUAGUAUACACAUACGACGUCUCAAGUAGCCUAAACUAUCACCGGAACCUUAUCAAGAAAGGCUACCAGGUCCUCAUAUACAGCGGUGAUCAUGACAUGGUCAUUCCAUACAUAGCUACGCAUGCAUGGAUAGUAUCGCUAAACCUUACUAUUGCCCAUGAUUGGAGGCCAUGGUUUGUUGAUGGGCAAGUCGCAGGAUUCACAAUGCAGUAUACAUCUAAAAAGUACUGCUUGACAUUUGCAACAGUAAAGGGAGGGGGGCAUACAGCUCCAGAGUACAAGCCCAAUGAAUGUCUUGCCAUGAUUGAUAGGUGGCUAUCUUACUAUCCCCUCUAGUGAAUAGUGGAUUUUACCAAUCCAUUCAAUUAAGUAGGCUUGUAGUGCAUCUAACAUUUCAAGUAAUUUUAGUUGUCUACUCAAUAUAAAAUGAUAAAAAAACUUCUUCACUUUUUUAUUUCCAUUCUUUGAUUCCCGUUCAUGAAUAAAUUUAAAUAUAAGUUCCUUCCGUUGAGCCUUUAAAUAUAAUGUAUGCAAAUCUUCUUGCUAUAAUAUACGUUGUGUUCUUGAUAGAUUUAUCCCCUAAACUCAAACAAUAUGCAUGAGAUGAGUAUUGGAACCAACAAAGAUAGAAUGAUAUGCAAGCCAAGUUCAACAUAGCUUGGUUGUUGGGCCUUAAUUUUAAUUCUAACAUCAAUCAUACAUACAACUUUCAAUUUCAAGGAUGAUGUGAUUUGACCUAACUUGCUAUGCUUUCUCUUAUAAUAUUGUUUUUAUUUAUUUAUUUAGCCCACUAUUGGAAAUUAUAAUACAUAUUUUAAGCGAUUGCUUGGAACUUGUAAAAUCCAUAACUAAAUUAGCAUUAAAAAAAAAAAAAAAAUUCAAAAUGGACAAGAUUUCUUGUGGAUAUUCUUCAAAUUAUUAGAUGUCAAUUACAACUAUUCAACCUCAUGAGCACAUAUAUAUACACAUGAUGACUUAUAUUGUAUUUGAUUAUAAAAUGGAUUCACGGGUCUUUCCAUGUUGGAUCCACAUGAAGGAAUGGGGGUUUGUAAUUUAAGAUUUCUUGUCAUCAAUGAGUUCAAAAUGUUUAAUGCAACUCUCAAGUGGAUUUUGGUCGAUCUUUAAUGAGACAAUGUGUGUCGAUGGGUUUUUUU